AAGAAACCACUUCAGUUUCAACUGGCAUUGAACCAUCUCUUCAACAAACUACAAUGCCUUGUCUCUUACAAUCUCUUCCGACAACCUUUUGCUUUCCCUAUCCCAAAACUUCACAAGCCCUGCCUACGCCGAAUAGCAGCGUCACGGCCGGCUCCGCUGCCACGAAAACCGCCACCAGCCACGGCAAAAUCUCCAAAACAUUCCGACGCAUACAAGCGAGCACAACCUCAAAUACCAAAUUCAAAAGACAAGAAGAUGAUUACCAAUCCACACUCGAAGCCCUUAACUCCAAAGGCCGCUUCCCACGAAAAUCCCUCGGUCAGCAUUAUAUGUUGAACGCCUCGAUAAAUGAAGAUCUAACCAUGGCCGCCAAUGUCAAAGAAGGGGAUGUAGUGCUUGAAAUUGGGCCAGGAACUGGCUCUUUGACUAAUGCACUUGUGAAUGCUGGUGCAACUGUUCUUGCAAUUGAAAAGGAUCCGUACAUGGCAGCGAUUGUGCGGGAACGGUUUUCUGGAUUGGACAGGGUGGAGGUUCUGGAAGAGGAUUUUAUAAGAAGUCAUAUACGCUCUCAUAUGUCCACAAUGUUGGCAAGUAAAAUCCCUCCAGACGGGAAUUUACAUGCAAAGGUGGUCUCCAAUUUACCUUUCAACAUAAGUACCGAUGUUAUAAAACUACUACUUCCCAUGGGCGAUAUUUUCUCAGAAGUUGUUCUUUUGCUUCAGGACGAAGCAGCCUUGCGCUUUGUGGAUUCUUUAUCGAAAUCAUCCGAGUAUAGACCUAUAAAUAUCUUCAUCAACUUCUAUUCAGAUCCUGAAUACAAAUUUAAGGUUCCAAGAACAAAUUUCUUCCCACAACCUAAAGUUGAUGCAGCUGUUGUUGCGUUCAAGUUGAAGCAAAUAACAGAUUAUCCUCAAGUGACCACCAUCAAAAGCUUCUUCUCAAUGGUCAAUUCUGCAUUCAAUGGGAAACGUAAGAUGUUGAGGAAAUCUCUCCAGCAUAUAUGUUCAUCCCCUGAGAUCGAAGCAGCUCUUUGUGGUGUUGGUCUUCCACCUACUGCAAGACCAGAGGAGCUUACACUCGAGGAUUUUGUAAAAUUGCAUAAUCUGAUUGUGAAGACCCCUUUUCUGGAUCAUUUAGAGUAGAAUCUAACAGAGUCAUCCUAUAUGCAUCAAUGACAAGGUGCUGGGCUGUGGGCAGUGCUGGACCAGUAUGGAAGCGAUGACAUAAUGACCACUUCACCAGGAUUGAGCUUUCCGUUAUGCAAAAUGCAGAAACCAGCUAUGAGUUUCAAGGUUCCCAAGUGUAUAUAUUGUAUGUAAUGCUAUCAAAAUGUUGUAGGGACAUUCCAUGCUGUGCUCAAUAUUCUUCUGUCCUGUAAUCUUUAUUUUUCAAUAAUUCUUAUGUAAUGUGAAUAUGGAGUUGUUGCG